GAUGAACAUAAAAAUCCAAUAUAGUCGAAACGUGAUAUUACAAGACUCGAUACCAGCGAUUAUCCGAUCGGUAAUGCGUACGGUAUGCCUCUUGAAAAUAAAAAAGUGCCGGGUCUGAUGAAGGAUGAGAACAACGGUGUGAUAAUGAUCGAGUUUGUUGGACUCAGGGCAAAAAUGUAUGCAAUGAGGGUGAAUGGGAAGAAAGACACCAAAAAGGCCAAAGGUGUCAAGAGCAGCGUCGUCGCGCGAACUAUAACAUUCGAUGAUUAUACACGCUGUCUCCGUGAAGAAAUCGAAAUGACACGUCGCCAAUCAUGUAUACGAUCAAAGUUACAUGAAGUAUACACGAUAUCUGAAAAAAAAAUCGCCCUGAGCCCGUACGAUGACAAACGAUAUCUCGUACCGGAUUCGAUUGAGACAUUGCCGUGGGGACAUUGGCGGAUACCUUUGUAA